CCAGACUAUAAAAACUCCCCAACUUUUUCCCGUUCAAGCUAACUUUCAGUUACUAGGAAACCUGGAUGCAUAGACAUUUUCGCUUGGAAUUAUAUUUCAGUCUCAUGAGGGGAUAACGUAUUUAUUUGCACGCGCCUUCAGACUUGAGCGAGAUGCCCGAAGAGCCAGCGCGAGACUCCUCCAGUUCUCCCGUGUCUCCAGCGGACAGCCUCAGCAACAGCGACGGAGAGCCCGACAGGCCACCGAAGAGAUCCGCGAGGAAAAGACGGUCGAGCAGAAAAAACGGGGACGAUUCCGAUAGCUCGACCCAGGGGAAAAGGGGGAAGAAGUCCAGCAACAGCAGCAGCAGCAGCCCUCAGUCUUUUGAAGAGCUACAGACUCAGCGCGUGAUGGCGAACGUGCGCGAGCGACAGAGGACGCAGUCGCUCAACGAGGCGUUCGCAGCUUUGCGCAAAAUCAUCCCCACUUUACCAUCCGAUAAAUUGAGCAAAAUACAGACGCUUAAACUCGCAGCCAGGUACAUUGAUUUUCUCUGUCAGGUUCUACAGAGUGACGAGCUGGACUCCAAGAUGGCAAGUUGUAGUUAUGUUGCGCACGAGCGCUUGAGCUACGCGUUCUCGGUUUGGAGGAUGGAGGGCGCUUGGUCCAUGUCUGCAUCUCACUAAUGUUCAGGAAACUUUUUUGUGUGUGCAAAUGGUGAAAUCCAUGCGCUGGCGAAACACAUGUGGACAAAUACGUCGACACAAUGGUGGAUACGUGCAUUCCUUCAUAAUCUGAGGGGAAAAUGGAAAAUUGUUCCAAUAGAGGUCAUGGCUUUUAUCAAGAGAAGGCCACGGUCAGCGGACUGUUGCGCGUGCGCUGCAUAUGGACUUCCUUGCGAGUGUUAUUAAUGACGACGAAUGUUGGAAAUGUGUGCUUAUGCAUGUUUUUAUUUUUAUUUUUAUAUAUAUAUAUAUAUAUAUAUAUAUAUAUAUAUAUAUAUAUAUAUAUAUAUAUAUAUUAUUUUUAGAAGACUCAGUUGUGCAUAGCUUUCUUGGAGAAAGUUAAAUUGCAUCACAAGGACUCUCGAUGAGGAGUUGGGGAAUGAAGCCUCUAGUUCGAAUCCUGUGCAAAAUAUAAAGUUUUAGUAUUUAUUUAUUGAUGACACAAUUUUUGAAAUGAAGGCAAAUGUAUCCUGUGUCGAAAUGCAUUCUUAUUUUGUUGUUACUUUUGUAAAUAAAGGUGUAUUUCUGUAAUAAAGAUGAAGAGCGUUUAAGAAAUA